UUUCUUGAGUAAGCCCUAGAACACCCUAAAAGCAGAACUUCUUCUCUGAGCUGAAGGAUACACAGCGGCAGAAGUAAAAAUGGUUUCCGGGAGUGGGAUCUGUGCUAAACGGGUCGUUGUUGAUGCUCGUCACCACAUGCUUGGACGAUUAUCUUCCAUUAUCGCCAAAGAACUUCUUAAUGGACAGAAGGUUGUAGUUGUUCGAUGUGAAGAGAUUUGUCUUUCUGGUGGUCUCGUUCGCCAGAAAAUGAAGUAUCUUCGUUUUCUCAGAAAGAGGAUGAACACCAAACCUUCUCACGGUCCUAUUCAUUUCAGAGCUCCUGCUAAGAUCCUUUGGAGGACUAUCCGUGGUAUGAUUCCUCACAAGACCAAGCGUGGGGCUGCCGCACUUGCUAGAUUCAAGGCGUAUGAGGGUAUUCCCCCUCCAUAUGACAAGAUUAAGAGGAUGGUCAUCCCUGAUGCUCUCAAGGUUUUGCGACUUCAACCUGGACACAAGUACUGCUUGUUGGGAAGACUAUCUUCUGAGGUUGGAUGGAGUCACGCUGAUACCAUCAAGGAACUUGAGGAGAAGAGAAAGGCAAGAUCCCAGCUUGUGUAUGAAAGGAAAAAGCAGUUGAACAAGUUGAGACUUAAGGCUGAGAAGACUGCUGAAGGAAAACUUGGUGCACAACUCGAAAUUCUUGCCCCCGUCAAGUACUAGAUUAUUAUCUUUUUUAGGUUACAAUUUUGAGGAUUUUGGCUCCUGCCAUUUGCUUUCUUUCUGAUUUUGAGACAUCUCCCUUGUUUGAUUGUCGGACACACUUUUAAGGUGGUAAUGUUAGUAUACUAUGGGGCCUUGGUAAAGUUUAAGUUUAAGUUACGUUGGUUCGAUUAUGAAUCUUUAGUGGUUUUUGCUAAAGCUGUUUAUAAUGUGUGCACCGUACUUUUGGUCCUUGCCGUAUGAAAAAUUACAGUCCAUCAAUUGUAGGAGAAAUUACGUUA